AUGUCGGAAGUGAUUUACAUCCCCUGGUCUUCAGCUGAAGAGGUCAAUCUUCUGGGUUGGUUAUCGCAGCACCAGCAUUUGUCAUGGGAUGACAAGUCCAAUGAGUACUCAAAUACUUUUGGUCACUACCGAAGUCCAGAAUCACUUCGGGGGAAACAGAAUCAGCUGAUGAAGGGUAUCCGGCGGCAACGUCUUGUCCCAAAACGAACCUUAUCAGAGCCUCCCCAUGUGUCCGUCCGCCGGACACGACGCCGACGGCGAAGAAAGCUCUCGGAUAAUCCCGAAUCGCCUCCUACCCGUCAUGGGGCUCCUGAUCUCGGAGGGCGCCUGCAGCAGCAGCAAGACCGUUCUCAAGAAUCAUCUAGAUCGGAGUUCCCUCAAUUAGGUUAG